AAAGGUGGGGGAAGGGUCCCAGGCUGACUGAGAAGCCCAGGGGCGGGGUGGGAGGGAGGACCGGCCAACCCUGGGGUGUGUGACCGAGAGUGCUUGCGAGUGUGUCUCCGUAAGAGAAGGAAGGUGGCGAAGGGAGGAGAGUCCGAGUGGGUGGAGGGAGGGGUAGGGCGGGAGAAGAAGAAGGUGGGAGGAGAGCCAGGUGGGAGGGUGGCGACUCACUCAGGACCCAGUGGGGGCAGCGCGAUGAGGCGGGUGACCCUGUUCCUUAACGGCAGCCCCAAGAACGGAAAGGUGGUUGCUGUGUAUGGAACUUUAUCUGAUUUGCUUUCUGUGGCCAGCAGUAAACUCGGCAUAAAAGCUACCAGUGUGUAUAAUGGGAAAGGUGGACUGAUCGAUGAUAUUGCUUUGAUCAGGGAUGAUGAUGUUUUGUUUGUGUGUGAAGGAGAACCAUUUAUUGAUCCUCAGACAGAUUCUAAACUACCUGAAGGGUUGUCGGGAUCUCACACGGAUUGGCUAACGUUAAACGUCGGAGGGCGUUACUUUACAACUACACGGAGCACUUUAGUGAAUAAAGAACCUGACAGUAUGCUGGCCCACAUGUUUAAGGACAAAGGUGUCUGGGGAAAUAAGCAGGAUCAUAGAGGAGCUUUCUUAAUUGACCGGAGUCCCGAGUACUUUGAACCCAUUUUGAACUACUUGCGUCACGGACAGCUCAUUGUAAAUGAUGGCAUUAAUUUAUUGGGUGUGUUGGAAGAAGCCAGAUUUUUUGGUAUUGACUCAUUGAUUGAACACCUGGAAGUGGCAAUAAAGAAUUCUCAACCACCAGAGGAUCAUUCGCCAAUAUCAAGAAAGGAAUUUGUUCGAUUUCUUCUAGCCACUCCAACCAAAUCAGAAUUGCGUUGCCAGGGUUUAAACUUCAGUGGUGCUGAUCUUUCCCGUUUGGACCUUCGAUACAUUAACUUCAAAAUGGCCAAUUUAAGCCGCUGCAAUCUUGCACAUGCUAAUCUCUGCUGUGCAAAUCUUGAACGAGCUGAUCUCUCCGGAUCAGUGCUUGACUGUGCAAAUCUCCAGGGAGUCAAGAUGCUCUGUUCUAAUGCAGAAGGGGCAUCCCUGAAACUGUGUAAUUUUGAAGAUCCUUCUGGUCUUAAAGCCAAUUUAGAAGGUGCUAAUCUGAAAGGUGUGGAUAUGGAAGGAAGUCAAAUGACAGGAAUUAACCUGAGAGUUGCUACCUUAAAAAAUGCGAAGUUGAAGAACUGUAACCUCCGAGGCGCAACUCUGGCAGGAACGGAUUUAGAGAAUUGCGACCUGUCUGGGUGCGAUCUUCAAGAAGCCAACCUGAGAGGUUCCAACGUGAAGGGAGCUAUAUUUGAAGAGAUGUUGACCCCACUACAUAUGUCACAGAGUGUCAGAUGAGAAUUUCAGGGCCGGAGGAAGAUGCCCAAGAUGAAAAAUGUUGUCCUUCUCACUUUUUUUUUUCUCCACCCAUUCAGUUGUCUAGAAGAAGUAACACUGUAAGGGAAUAAAAAACAAACAAAAACCCAUUUAGAGGAUUAUGCUUGUUCUCAACGGUGCAUAAAGGAAAAAAGUGACUUUUUUCCACAUUCUGAUUUUAACAGAGAAGCACUCAUUUAAUAGAUGUAGAGAAGCUAGAGUAGCUCGCUGCCUUUUGAGCGGAGUCAGGGGGAUUUGGCUGGUUUUAUGACCAGAAAUAGGAUCUAUUAUAUUUGCUUUUAAAUAGGCAUGAUGUGGAAAUACCAUCUUGGUUUGAAAUGUAUUCGAGGAUUUUAAUUUAUGAAAAGCACAACAUAUGCAAUUAUAUUUAUUGAAUCUCUAGAUACAGUAUGGAUAUUUAAAUUGUUAAACUUUACGAAAAUUUCGAAAAGGUUCAGGUUUAUUAAUAGCUUUAGUGAUGCCUCCCCUACUCUACAUACCUGUCAUGCCAUAGGAAUAUGGUGAGAUCAGAUUCCCCAAGGCUCUCUUUUCAGGUUCUUGGAACGUUUAUUUUUUAGAAUGAAACAGUAGCUAAAUUAAAUCCUCGGCUCUUACUGAUUGAGACUGAGUGAAAGAAAAGACCUCAAUGUCAGCUCAAGGUGGAACUUUCCAGAUGGACAAAGAAUUUACCUAUCGCUACAACUUUUAAAUGAGCAUCCUUAGAAUUUCAUUCUAAGCAAGUUCCACUCAACGCCAAACCAGGCAAUUUUAUCAAUUUACACUACUCGCCUUGUUUUCUCCUGUACAGUCAAAAGAAGCAUAGGAAGUAUAUGUCAGAACCAAAAAAGCAAGGUGCAUUAUCAAUAGUAAUUUAAUUCAAAUGCCAAAUAGUUUCAACAGGGCCAGCUUAGAAAUAGGCAUUAAAUCCCAGUCCACUGUCAUCUUUUGGAAAUCAACAUAAUGCCGUUAAAACCCUACAAGGGGAAGGGAAGCGAUUUUAAAUUGGCAAUUUGAUGACAGCCACCAAAAAACUUCAACAAAAAUAAAGGCGUUGGAUGGGUCCGAGAUGUAAUACCAGUCAGCACCUGUGGUUCUUCUUUCUGAUUUAGUUCAAAUUCUAGCCUGCUUUUCUUGAGUCCUUCUCUCUGCAAUAGCAGAGACAGGACCUGUACUUCCUUACCAAUAACCCGUUGUCCUUAUGUCUACCCCAAGAGCAGGGAUAUAAGCUGUGUCCAAAUAGGUUCUGAAUUCUACAGACUCAUCGGUUUGAAGCAAUGAAUCAAUAAAAACGACUUUGUCUCCUUUGGGAGAAUGACGCGUGUUCAAUAUUUACGUAGCUUAUUCUUCUAUAUAUACAUAUGCAAAGCUUUCCUCAACGGUAAAGGGUGCACAUGCGUAGUGAGAGCUCGCACCUUUACAGGUGAGGGAAAGCAAUUUCAGAAAUGAAUUAUUUUCUUUGCUUUAUUAUUUUUACCAAGACAGAGAAGUAUUGUAUUGAGAGAUAUCUAUUUUCAUAAUCAAUAUGUGCCUAAAUUAUAUUUAAAUCAUUUCACUCUGUACUAUAUUUUCAAUAAUUAUAGAAUGUGUUUGUUCAUCCACUUAAGGGUACCUCUGUAGACACAAACCUAAAAAUGCAGAAGAAUCUGAACGGUCUAAACAUUGGUAUGCUUAGAAACUGCAGAUUUUGGAUCUAAUGUAUACUGCAUUAAUAAACGAUGUGAAAUGUUGAAAA